CAAAAACAAGCGAAACUGACUGCUAAGGCAGAGCCGCCGUUGUCUGCUCUCGGCCGCUUAGACCUCAGACAGGAUGGCUCAGCAGCACCUGUGGAUCUUGCUUCUUUGCCUGCCAACCUGGCCAGAGGCAGCUGGAAGAGAAGCCAGCUUCUUCAUUGUGAAUGGGAUCCUGGGAGAGUCAGCUACUUUCUCCUUUGAUGUCCAACAACCACAACAAGUUCGAACCAUUGCUUUGGUUUCAAAAUCAUCAUCUGUUGCUGUUGUUACAAUAAAGGACUCAGGAAUGGAACCUAUGCUUGUUGUGACCCACAAUAAUUAUCUUGGAAGAAUAAAGGUCUCAGGUCCUAAUUAUGACCUGGUCAUCAGUGAUCUGAGCAUGGAAGACGCAGGAGACUACCUAGCAGACAUAAACACUCAUGACUCACUCACUACCAUCACCAAGCGAUUCAACCUUCAAGUCUACCGUCGGCUUGGGAAACCAAAAAUCACACAGAGUCUGAUGACAUCUGUGAACAGCACCUGUAAUGUCACACUGACAUGCUCUGUGGAUACAGAGGAAAAGAACGUGACAUACAGUUGGAGUCCCCGAGGAAAAGGCAAUGUCCUUCAGAUCUUCCGGGGCCCUGAGAGCCAAGAACUGAACUACACGUGCACAGCCUGGAACCCUGUCAGCAACAGCUCUGACUCCAUCUCUACCCAGCACCUCUGCUCAGAGAUGGUAAUGGGCAGCAGUACUCAACGCAUCAAGCUUCUGAGUGGAUUGACUGUGUUGUUCCUGCUGGUUCUCAUUCUGUCUUCAGUAUUCUUGAUCUAUUGGUACAAGAGACGACAAGAUGCUUCCUCAAAGGCAACAAUAUAUACAUACGUAACAGCUUCAAGAGAGGCACAGCCUGCAGAGUCCAGAAUCUAUGAUGAAAUCCGCCAUUCCAAGAUGUUCCCCACCAAGAAGGAGCAAAUGAACACAGUUUAUUCCGAGGUGCAGUACUCUGAUAAGUUGAGGAAAGCCAGCCGACGGGACAACAAACCUACAGCAACUUCAAGCUAUGAUAUUGUCAUCUAGGUCGGUGAAUCAGCCCUUCUCUGCACAGUUCUUAGCAGCAGGUUCCAAAACGCCAGAUUACAAAAAGUAGGAAACCUGUUGCUGGUCAUAGUUCAGGCGCAGAUAGACAAAGAGAUAGCUGCCCUUUCUGAAAGCGCUCCCUUCUGGAGGAACAACAAGGCAGAGUUCCUGGUACUUCGAAAUACAUAUGGGAAAUCCUAUUUCUAUAGCUCUUCAUAGAAAACAAUCAAGAUUGCUUAUGUCUGAAGACUACACAUCAUGGGAGGUCUCUUAUGCCUGACAGGACAACCUUGCCCAGCAAUUGCAGAUCACUGUUUGACGCAUCUGUAACGGGCCAUGAUGCACCACCUAGGAUACUCUGUUCAGAUUCAGUGCAUGAGAAUACUCCUGAUGUAUGGCUUCCAUCAGCCCCAACAGCACACUGAGCGCACUAGGAAAGGCAUUCAUUCCUUGGAGCAGAUGUAGCCCCUCACCCAGCUGCAUGGUGUAGUAAGCAGGGUAUGGGCCCACACACUCCUUUGCCGGGGAAUAUCGAUGCAGCGUAAACUGGCU